AUUCACCCAUCGGAAACACCCUUGGCCUUAAGCUAGGUAGAGCUGUUUGCUCCCCGCAGAGGAAGUUUUCACUAUGGCGGAGACUCAUAGUUUACAGGACCUCCAGCAACCAGCUGUCUCCUCCAAGGUGUUUAUCCAGAGGGACUACGGUUCAGGAACCAUCUGCAGGUUCCAGUCCAAGUUCCCCUCUGAGCUUGAGUCAAGGCUUGAUAAGCAGCAGUUUGAGGAGACCAUCCAGACUCUGAACAACCUGUAUGCUGAGGCAGAGAAACUUGGGGGGAAGUCAUACUUAGAGGGCUGCCUGGCUUGUCUAACUGCAUACACCAUCUUCAUCUGUAUGGAGACACACUAUGAGAAGGUGUUAAGGAAGAUUGCCAGGUACAUUAAGGACCAGAAUGAGAAGAUAUAUGCUCCAAGGGGUUUGCUGCUGACUGACCCCAUAGAGAGAGGACUCAGAGUAAUUGAAAUCACCAUCUUUGAAGACAGAAGUGUUGGCUCUGGAAGAUAAAGAACCUUGAUGAUGACCAGAUACUCCUCAUCUGUCUGGGAGCAAAUAUCCACAUAUACAGUAUGCUUCAUGCCAAUGAAUGUAUAUAAUAUUGAUUUUAUUUCUAUUCCUGUUAUUUAUAAGUACUCCACUGUCUACAUGCCCUUAUGUUUGUAAAUGUGUUUUUUGUUUAUACACGAGACAAAACAGUCCAGACUCCAAGUCUUUGUGCAGUGACAGUUUCUUUCUUAUUAUUUUUUGCAUUAUUGUUUCACGCUUCCAUUUUUACCAAUUGAUGUUAAUGAGUGUGUUGACUUGUGUACUGACAAAUGUCUAUCGUAGCCAUGUCAUAGCUCAACUGCACUAGAUCUGCCAUACCAUGUGAAGUGUCCUCCUUUGUGUAUUUCAAAUGUUACUAUCCCUUUCUCUCAAUUGCGCCACAGGAAUUUUAAACACUAUAACUUCCACAGACGAUUGCUGUAGUUGAAACAAGUCUACUUUUUUUUUACAGUUAUUUUUGUCCUUUGUCAAAAUAAAUUCUGAAAUCCUGA